AUGUUUCAACGCGGAUAUCGUCUGCAUCUGCCCUCUGGUGAUGGCCAAAGUUUAGGGUUACCUUCGCAAGGAGCCCAGUCAUCGAGGCCGCGGUCAAACACGGGAACUUCAUUCACUAGGUCUGUCAGGGAUAGAAGUAUCACACCGGACCCAAGCGGCAGCAGGCAUUUAUCUGUUGGAGAACCCGGAAACAUUUCGCGGCCCCAAAGUUCUCGCUCUACUCAUGGCAAUGAGGGCAUAGAGAUACCUAGUCUGGGAAUUCAACCUCCCUCCAGCCCGACAUCGUCACUUGACGAGCCAAUCAGCAUAGGUGUUCGUCGACGCAGGGACAAUGAACCUUCCGACCAUGGGGAUCCCACCAAACUCACACCUCAACGUACAAAACGUUUGAAAAUGCAUGCGAAGAAGGGUUGUGACGAACAUGAGGUUCCACACGAAGAAGUUAUGACUUUCAUUGAUUCUGGCAGCAUUUUCUAUAUGCUCGUUGACCUGAAGAUCACCCUCGUCAAACUUUGUCAGGGAAACAAGGCCACGAGAAUGCAGGAAUUAAAAGAUGCGUUGGAAUUGAAGGACUUCGAGAAUGGACUUUACAACCGCUUGUUUGCUUGCAUGUUGUCACCGAAUCUCACAGCGUAUGUCACUGACACUCAGUGUCAUAUAAUGGACUUCAUCGUCAAGAAUAGGGAUGUCUUCAAAAUCCCCCCCGGACUUCUCGACGAUGUUGAGCUUAGAGCUCAGUUAGGCAAGGUGGUCACGAAGCUGCUCACAAAUAUUUGUUGUGCCAUCAAGACGGCUCUCACCACAUCGAUUGUCAAGCGCACGAGUGUUGCCGAUGUGACCAGGUCGCUUGCACGUAGUGGGUCUGGCAUGGAGGUUGAUUCUACUCACUGGAACAGGAUUUCACUACUGCGGCGUCUCCUGCGGAUUUUUCUCAUCGGUGUCAGCGAUUACAAAACCGCUUCCAUCAAGGACUUAUUUUCCCCUUACCUUGUUCCAUCGCUCAAGCAGGAUUUACGGGACAAAGUCACACGCGAGCUCAAUAUUGACGUUGAACAGCUUGAAAGGGAGCUAUUUGACGCUGAUUUCGAUAAUGCGCCUAGGACUGAUGUCAAUCCAAGUCAAGUCCCCACAGGCACUCAAGUCAAUGGCAGUCAUGCGUCCAGUGCUGGGAGGGACCAGAAUGAUCCUGACAUGACCUACGGACCGCUCACGGAUCAAAGUGGAGUGCAGCAGGAUGAUUUGGACACCAAUGGAGAGGACAACGAGUCAAACGUGAGCGGCAGUGCAAACGGUGUAGUUCUACUCGACGACCCACUUGACUCCGGAUUUGGACUGGUCGAAGGCAUGCCAAUGCGGUACAACAGUACAAUUAAGUUCUGGAACUUCGUCGACCACUCACUCUUAAUGAUGCGCAAGAUAGCUAUUGAAUCCUCCCCAAUCGUCACCAAGCAGGAAAAGGAAUUGCAAAAGUUGUUCAUCGAAAUUUUCCAAGCUGAUCUCGCUGAGUUUCCUGGUAGCAAGAAGGUCUCAAAGCUCAUUUCGAAGACCAACCCACGCUGGCAGACCACCAUUCAGUCCGGACUCAUUUGGUAA